AUGGUUCAGUUCAACUUUUCGGCCGGUGCCGAUCUAGAGAAUAUCAUCGAUGUAACCGUAUUCCUCGUCGAUAUGCAAGACUAUGCAAAGUUCAAUCAGGUCUAUAAUCAAUAUUUCAACGCAGAGACCGGUCCAACAAGAACCACCGUAGCAGUUCACCAACUUCCAAACCCAAACCUUUUAAUUGAAAUCAAGUCAACUGCAUUAGUACCACAAUAA